AUGUCGUAUGCUUCGAUAAUCUUAGGGCUGGGUUCAGUUGCCUUGGCACUUUUAAUCCCUCCUUUGGCAUGGCAUCUAAAAACCAGAAAUACGCCGGCCAUCAUUUUGAUAAUCUGGCUUUUCUUGAUGGAUGUGAAACUUUUGGUUGAUGCGGGUGUUUGGUCUGGCAACGAGUACGCUGAAAAAUGGAAUGGUGCGGUCUGGUGCGACAUUAUGACAAAAUUGCAAAUUGGUGCCAAUGUGGGCAUUUCGUGCUCCGUGGCAAAUAUCGCCUAUAAUCUGCAUGCUAUCUUGAAAGCUGACGCGGUCAUUCCCGAUCAUAAAUCCCGACGCAAGAUUCUUACCGAUUUGGCAAUCACUCUGGCUUCGCCGAUCGUAACCAUGGGUCUAUCUUAUCUCGUACAGGUGGUGAGGUUUGGUGUCGCACGGUACAGCGGAUGUCAAAAUAUCUUGUCUAAUUCGUGGCUCACUAUUGUGAUCUAUACGCUGUGGAUGUUGGUUUGGUCACUUUUGGGCUUUAUUUACGCCCUUCUGCUGCUUUAUGUGUUUUACAGAAAGCGCAAGGACGUCAGAGACAUUUUACAUUGUACCAAUUCCGGCUUGAAUCUGGCUAGGUUCUCGCGCCUCCUGCUCUUUUGCAUUUUAAUUAUAAUGGUGAUGUUUCCAUUCUCGUUAUAUUCCUUCAUCAUUGAUAUCGCACAGGGCUUGGACCUUUACAACUACAAUGACGUGCAUGAGAAGAUCACUUAUAUUGUAUUUUUCGAUCCUGGAAAACCACUCUACAGUGUUUGGCUCUACAUUUUGAUGUCUUACUUGGUUUUCAUCGUUUUUGGAACAGGUUCAGACGCCAUUGCAAUGUAUGUCAAAAUUCUCAGGACCAUAGGCUUGGGUCCAUGCAUUGACGAAAUAUCAGAUGUGGUAUCUUCUAGAAAGGCUAGGGAUUCCUCUCAAGCUGUCACAACGUUUUUGGCAGAAACUAAGGCUUAUUAUAGUGAUGGAACUUUAACGGACUCUACUCAAAAGAGUUUUAUGAAGGGCUCUAUAUCCUACGAUGCACCUUCCACAAGUGGCUCGGGUGUGACUAAUUGCGAUUCGAAGUUCAUAAUCGACUACAUGUUACCUCAUGAAAGGGAACGCUGUGGACAAAGCGGUCGUCAAAGGCUAUACAAUGACGUUUCUCGUCAUUUAGCCCUAGCGAACGUACCUGCUAAUCCCAUAGACUUUCAUGAUGAGAAUUCGAUUUGUGAACUUUCCGGAAGUUCAUCAAAUUUCAGGGAAUCUAUCAGUGGUCGAAGUCCCACAGAGGUGAAUAACAUUUUAAAGGACGAAGUGCUCACUCAAGGGCGUACUCUUGACGAUAUCGCCGAUUCCGUUUGA